AUGGCCACAGGAACCAUCCCGCCCUCCGGUCCCCCUCCAUCCUGCCCUGAGGGGACGCGUUGGCCGCCCCUCACCUCCCGCCCAAGCUGCGCUCGCACCAACCUUCCCGAGGGGAGGAAGCCACCACCGGCCUGGCUCCUACCGCUGCACAGCACCGGGGCGGCGGGGCCCGAGGAGCCACCCCUCCGCCCCGCGGGCCUGCUCGGCUCGGCUCCCGCCCCGCCCCUCAGCGCCGUUUCCAGCCGGAGGCCUUUGGCCGGUGCACGGCGGCAGCGGCGGGAGAUCCGCAACGGCGGCGGGAGCGGCUCCAGGCGAGGCGAUGUCCGACAUGAUGCAACACCUUUGGAGACCAAAUUGAAAAAUCUAAAUGCUUACUCACCAACAACAGGAACACGUGAAAUGAGCCCAUUCUCAUCUCCUAUGAGUCAUGAUGCACAAACUAUCAAGAAGCACCUAUCAAAUGGAAAUAGAACGGAGCAGAAUGGUUCAGCAAGCAGAUUACCCAGAAGAGGGCAGCCUCAAACAGAGAAGGAUGUGUUCAUGGAGUUGCAGUGCAAAGUGAAAAGUUCCCUGGACAGAAUCCUGAAAAUAAGAGGAAAUCUGACAAGCCUCCAGGCUUUAGAGGGCAGUAGAGAGCUUGAAAAUGUUGGUGUCUCAGUCUCAUCUGGCAACUUGAGGGAUGAAGUGCGGAAAACCCAAGAGCUAAUGAGUCAAGCAGAAGAACUGCAGCUGCUGAAAAGAGACCAUGGAAAACUUCUCGCCCAAAGGAAGGAAUGUCAUUGUGCCCUUUCUGGUCUUGUGAACUGGCUAAGCAGAAAUAUAUUAAGUGAACUGAAUGAAUUCACAGGAUGCGUUCAGACCACCAGUAGCUCCGCGUUCCUGAAGUCUCUCCUUGACUGAGAUAAACUGACAGCGGUUCCUUACAACAUCUGAAAUGUGGCUGCAGUGACCAUCUGUUGCUCUGCUUUGCCUUAGGCUGUCUGUGCCUCUGUCUGUCCUUUCUUACGCAGUUCUGGCCGCAGGACAGCCAUGUAAUGCUGAGCAGAUCACAUGAAUGAUGCUGCUGCUGCCUAAUUGCUAUUUAUUUUAGUCAUUCCUCCUCUCCACACAGGCAUUAUGUGAAAAAUGCAUUCCACAGCAACCCAAAGUUCUACAUCUGUGUGGCUGUACUUAAAAGGAGAGAAGAAAUGAGUGUAAACCAAUCUCCCCAGCAAAUACCAGUUUGGGAUUGCUCCCUGUGAUGGGCAGGUGCACAUCUAGAUACAAUUUCUGGCAUCUAUUUAAACUGAACAAUGUGCACAACCAGAUGAUCCCAAUGUAAAUAAUACAUCCUGGUUGGUUUAUGCAAGCAGGAGUGCAAAAUGCUCAUUUAGCUUGGCUGCUGCAUGGAAAAUGUAUGUUCUUAUGGCAAAUAGAGAUUUAUGCUGCCUUGGUUUUACAGCAAAUAAACCAAUCCCCCACCUCUAACCCUCCCUACAAGAACCAGGCAAGAAGAAACUCUGGUCAGAGAUGACCUUUGCAUCCCAGGCCUUCUGUGGGAAAUGACUGCUUCCUGCCCUGCUCCUGUCAUCACGCCACCAGCCCCACAAAAGCCAGUUAACUGUGACUGAAAUAAAUGCAUCCAGCUUUGCAACA